AUGUCAUUCGAUCUUCAACCUUUUAUUGUUGAUCCAUUGUCUCGUAAAGCUAAAAACUAGACCACCUUCAGAAAGUUUCUUGAGCAGGAGAAUAGGAAAUUUGAGGUAGUCAACAUCAAUAUCAACAAUAGGUUGGAGGCAGAAGCAAAGAGACAGAAAAUAGUAGACAUGCCUCCCUUAUAAAAUGAUGAUAAAAUAAAAACUGAAGAGAAACCUAAGAAGAAAAAUAAAUCAACGGUUGAAGAGGAGGAUCCUCCAAUUGACCCCUCAUUCUUUAAGAAACAAGAACUAGAUGAGACUGAUAUCAUGAGGCAGACUCUAUAGAAAGUUAUAGCUUAAAACGGUGAAUUCGAUCUGAAUAAGUUUAAGACUAUGUUUAAAACUAGAUUUAUAUCUGAGACACUUAAGGAGGAAAUUAGGGAAAAUAAAAAAAGAGAUAAAGAGAGGAAAAGACAGGAACUGCUAAACAAAACUUAGAAGAAAAAAGACAACCAGAGAGGCAGUAGAAAUUACCAGCAUCCUGGAGGAAGAUUUUAAUCUAUUAAUAAAACUGGUGACACUGAGGGGGGUUCUAAUUCUCAACGAUAUCCAUAAUUGAAUAGUAUUGAUGCAAAAAAGAUAAAAGCUUAUAAGAAUAAGAGUAUGAAGAGAGUAGAUGGAGAUAUCGGUCAAGGCAACUUUAUAUUUGGAGUAGUGUCAAGAGAUGCUAGACAUAAUGCAUUUUCCCCUGAAUAGGGGCAUCCUCCAGUUGGCAAUUAUCAACCAAACUAUGAUUUCAUUCUAGAAAAUACUGUGAACUUGCCAAUUUAAACAUCAAAGAAAAAGCUACAAAUAUUUGAGGGGUCUCCUGGAUCAGAUGAAGAAGUGGUCAAAGAUUUAAAAUGCUCUAAGUUCAAUAGGAAAAUAGAUGAUAUAAACACUCAAUUUAAAUCCAUCACUGAACUUCAUUCUAAGCCAAUGACACCUGAUGCUUCGAAAGAUCCAAAUUUGAAUGAGACAUUCAAUACUUCAUUGGGUAGAUCCAAAAAAUUGAAGCUCACCUAGUUUCAUACAAUCACUAAUUCUCUUUAGCUAAAUAGUCCAAUAAUUUAAAAUCAGAAAAAGCUAGAACACCUAUAUGGGGAGAAGGCAAGAGACAUUAGCCCCAUUUCUAAGGAUCAUCAUUUGCUUAGUAAAUUCCAGAAAUUAACCUAGAAAACCACAGAUCUGCUCAAAGAUUUACCAAAAAUAGAUUUCAGUAAAUAGCUAAGAAAGGAUGAUAUUAUUUACAGUAUGACUCCUAAGUUAAAUGAUCUAAGAUUCGAACCUAUUAAUAAGUUCCCCUAAAUAUUAUCCUAAAAUACUAAACUGGCAGUGAACAUAGCGCUGCAAAAGGGCUCAGCCAGACCUAAUUUUUUCUCUUAAUUGGGAAUUCCAAAGGACUAAUUAAAAAACUCACCCAGCUUUUAUGAUAAAAAGUACUCUUAGAUAGAAAAGAGAGUAACAGGCCUUGAUUUCAGCAAGAGAGAUUAAAGCAUUGAAAGGAAGAGACCUUAAAAAGGAGAUGGUGAUGAUGAAAGUGGAUAUCUUCAGAGAGUCAAGCAUCAAGAUUUCAAGCCUAGAGUAAGAAUCAGGUAAACUGAUGACAAGAUUCACGCUUUGCACUACUCUAUAGUAGAUGAUACAUGA